AUGGCACAACCAGACCACAAAAAAAGCUACGAAGUGGAGGAGGAAGAAGUGGGAACUCCAGACUCGGUAUUAACACCAGCCAUCAGCCAUGAGACAAGAACUUCCUCUCAGUUAGAGAGGUCGGAGACUGUCGCAGAAUUACAAAAACUGCCAACGGCAAGGAGUCGCCGUGACUCGCACAUGGGAGAAGCUCUCGAGCAUCUCUCGCGAACUCUCUCCAUCAAUCAGCAUCAGAAUGGAGACUCGCACGAUGUAUUGGAAAAGGCGCCCUCUCGCAUGGAGCGUACUGGAACCCGCCGCUCGGCCAGGUAUCCCUCGCCAACACGAAUGCCUGAUCUGGAUGAAGAAGCCGGUAGUCCAGCUUUUAAGUCUCAAGGAAUUCCCCCGGAGCUGGGCAGUUUCACAGCAGAGGUGAUCUUCAUUCUGGUCUGUUCUGCCGGUCUGUUGUUGUAUUCCUUCUUCCUGGGCGAUAUCACCGUUAACCAGGAGGAGUGCAAACGCGCGCUUGGGAUCAGCAACAGCGAGCUUCCCUGGCUUCUCGGCUCAUUCACGCUACCCCUCAGUCUGUCGGUGAUAGUAUCUGGCUCCUUGAACGACCUCAGCCCUCCACGGACGCUGAUGAUUGGAGCGUUUGCCUGGCUGACUAUUUGGAAUAUCGUCGGCGUUUUUUCUGUGACACCGAGUAGAGCAAUCCUCUUCUACAUUGUGCGUGCAAUGCAAGGACUGGCCGUGGGUGUUCUGGUCUCCGGGUCGAUGAGUGUCCUCGGCAGGGUAUAUAAUCCUGGCCUGCGCAAAAAUCGAGUAUUUUCGGCGAUGUCAGCGACAGCCCCCUUUGGUUUCUGGUUGGGCGGUAUUCAGGGCGGCGCACUGAAAUCCCAUCUGAAUUGGAUCUUCGGCUCGAACGCUAUCAUCUGCGCACUGUGCCUGGUAGCCGCCUGGUACGCCAUGCCCUCGCUUCUUCCGGUCGCUGACGUUGUCGGCGGCGAUGUGCCGACUAUUCGCGAGUUCGACUUCAUUGGAGCAGCCUUUGUUGCCACUGGCUGUAUCUUGGUCCUCUUUGGUCUUACCCAGGGCUCUGUGGUUCAGUGGAUUCCAUAUACCUACGCUUUGGUCAUCGUUGGGGUGCUUCUAGUGAUUGCGUUUUUCUUCAUCGAGCGCUGGGUAAAGCGACCGCUUAUCCCUAAUGGCCUAUGGAAGAUUAAAGGAUUCACCCCGUUGAUGAUAGCCUACUUCAUCGGAUACGGAGGCUUCCAGGGUGGCUGGCAAUUCUACGCAGUUCAAUUCUGGCUUCGAAUUCAACAGAAUAGCCCACUCACCGUCGCACUUUACCUUUUACCCAAUGCCAUUGUCGGAGUAUUAGCGACCUGGGUUGUCAGUCGAACUCUCCACAUCGUUCCCGGCCAUUACAUCUACCUCGCCGCCAUGAUCGCCUUUGCUACAGGACCUGCCUUCUUCCUCCCACAAACCCCCAACACCUCCUACUGGCCCCUCUCCUUCCCAGGCGUGGCACUCGUCACUUUUGGUCCCGAUCUCUCCUUUGCCGCAGCAUCAAUUUACAUCACCAGCAAUGUCCCUCGCUCUUACCAAGGCAGCGCUGGUAGCUUGCUAGUGACCAUGCAAAACCUGAGCUCGGCCGUGAUGACAGCCGUCGCCGAUGCCAUCGGCACCAAAGUCGAUCAAGGGCCGGAUGGCAAUAUCGGCCUCACGGGCAUCCACGCCAUUUGGUGGUUUGCCCUUGCGUGUGAAGUGGUCGCGGCAUUGAUCACCUUGAUCUGGGUCAGAAUUCCCAAGGAGGAGGAAAAGGAGCACGUUACCUGA